AUGCAACUAUGUAACAGUGUAAGAGGGAAAUCCUGUGCUGAUUUGUCUUCAGCUCUCUGUACAAAUCCAUCACACAUCAGAGAGCUGGAUCUGAGUGAGUGUGAACUGGGAGACUCAGGAGUGGAGAAGCUCUGUGAUCUACUGAAGAAACACGAGUGUAAACUGGAGAAACUGCGAUUUUCAGACUGUAAUAUAACAGAGAAAGGAUACACUGCUCUGGUUAAAGCUCUGAAGUCAAACUGUUCAUCACUGAUAGAGCUGGACCUCAGAGGGAGCGACCCUGGAGCAUCAGGAGUGAAGGAGCUUAGGUAUUUAAUGAAUGAUAAGAAGUGUAAACUGAAGACACUGAGUGUGGAGGGAGAGGGGCGGAGGGCACUUUCACGCAGAAAGUACAAAAAUUGA